GCAAUCACCCCAACAAAAAGGAGGGACCUGCUUCGCUCUCCCUCCCAAACAAACAUACGCACACGCGCACACACACUUGGGCAUCGCAUCGCAUCGCAUCCACGGAGCGUCGUCCGGGUCCAAGCAGAGGAGGCGGAGGAGAUUGAGCUGUGGGAGAGCGCCUGUGUGCCACCCGCGCGCCCCAUGAGGAAAUUGUGCCCCAACCUGGAGCGCGACGACGCGCUGGACACGGUGCUGGAGGUGCCCAUCCCGGAGGAGAUGUUCUCCGGCGGCGGCGGCGGCUCCCGCGGCUCCAGGUUCGGCUGCACCAGCGUCAAGGCGUGGAUGCGCUCGCACGCCGCCGACCGCUCCGGCGCCGGCGAGCCCUGCUCCAUGAGCCGCGGCGAGCUCCAGCUCAUGCUCGGCGUCAUCGGCGCGCCGCUCAUCCCGCUCCCCGUCAGCCACGCCAAGCAGUCGCCCUCCUCCGUGCUCUGCGAGCAGCUCAAGGCCGACCCCAUUGAAUCGUCGUCGGCCAAGUACAUAGUGCAGCAGUACAUCGCGGCGUCCGGCGGGGAGUGGGCUCUGAACAAAGUGACGAGCAUGUACGCGAUGGGCAAGGUGCGGAUGACGGCGGCCGAGCUCAACAGCAGCGACGCCGACGGCAAUGGCCGCGGCGGCGGGAGGAAAGGCGGCAGCAAGGGCGGCGGCGAGAUCGGCGGGUUCGUGCUGUGGCAGAAGAAGCCGGAGCUGUGGUGCCUGGAGCUGGUGGUGUCCGGCUGCAAGAUCAGCGCCGGCAGCGACGGCAAGGUGGCCUGGCGGCAGACGCCGUGGCACCAGUCCCACGCCUCCCGUGGCCCGCCGCGCCCGCUCCGCAGAUCGCUGCAGGGGCUUGACCCGAUGCUGACGGCGAGCCUGUUCGCGGAGGACUCGGUGUGCAUCGGCGAGCGGAGCAUCGACGGCGAGGACUGCUUCGUGCUCAAGGUGGAGGCGGAGGCGUCCAGCCUGCGCGCCCGCAACAGCAGCAGCGUCGAGAUCAUCCGGCACACCGUGUGGGGAUACUUCAGCCAGCGCACGGGCCUGCUGGUGCAGCUGGAGGACUCGCACCUGCUGCAGAUCAAGUCCGGCAACGGCGCCGGCGGCAGCGUCUUCUGGGAGACCACCAUGGAGUCGCGCCUCCGCGACUACCGCGCCGUCGAUGGCGUCAACAUCGCCCACUCGGGCCGCACCGCCGUCUCGCUCGUCCGCUUCGGGGACACCCAGGACGGCAACACCCGGACGCGCAUGGAGGAGCACUGGGACAUCGAGGAGGUCGACUUCAACAUCUGGGGCCUCUCCAUGGACUGCUUCCUGCCGCCCAGCGACCUCAGGGACGCCAAGGAAUCGCAGGAUCAGGACGUCGCCGUCGUCAAGGCCGCAAGGCCGCCGCCGUUGAGGAUACCGGCCGUGGCCGUCAUCCGCGUGGGGCCGUCGCAGGUCGCCGCCGUCAACCUCGACGAAACGGAGUCGCUGCUCGCGAGAAUACCGACACCACACCCGUAGCAGGAGUGUACAGUGUUGCCGUAAGUACUGAGUAGUAGGGCUGUGUGCGUGUACGUGACGCUCGUCGCAAAUACUUCUACAAGAUCUGUAAAUACGUUCCAGGUGAGACUUUUCUUCUCUUUUUUCUUUUCCUUUUUGAGGUGUGGAUAAAGCCUAAGCUAGAAUUUGGGAGUGAGCUACGUAGUACGUAGUGAGUAAUUCCGGACUAGUAGAUGUAUACUCUAAUUAUAGAAGAUGUAUUGUAAUGGGCUCAACGAAGCUCCGUCGAUGUAAAUUUGAAAGAAUCUCCCAGCUCUGCUUGGUCACAUAAUAGACAAAUAACUUGUCUUGCCCA